UGCUGUUCUCGAGAACCUACUGUUGAUGGUUGGAUAGAAUGGAAGUGAACUACAUGAUUAGCUUGCAUAUACUUUUUAGUUCGUCCUUCCCCAUUCGGUCGCGGCGCAAACCAUCCUCAGCCGCAGCCCAGCCAAUCCCGCCUCGCCCGCAUCCCGUAAUUGUGCAACCCUAACUCUUCUCAUCUCACCUCAUCUCAGCAUCUCCUCAUCAAGAUCCAUCUUAUCAACAUCAAUCCAAUCUACAGCUAAGCGCUGCCCAACCUCAUUCCCAAGCGACCUGGGCUUAUGAGCAUGCAAAUAUGCCACGGCACAGUCUCCUCAUCGCGUUCCUCUCUCUCCUGAGUCUCAGCUCAGCCCUACAAUUCUGUCGCGUAGAAGGCACGAGAACAGAUCUCUGUUUCGCGAUAGCAUCAUCCAAGAACCAGACCACAAAGGAAAAAGAUGUAUCGCUUCAUUUUUCAGCGGGGUUCGACCAGAGGAAUGGAUGGGUGGCGUUUGGGGUGGGGGAGAAGAUGGCGGGUGCGCUGAUGUUUGUCAUGUAUCCGGGGGAUCAGGAUGGUGACGUCACAUUGAGUGUCCGGACAACACCAGGGCAUUUCCCCCCAAUAGUGACCAUGACAUCCAAAGUCCCAGUCAUCCAUGUGACGCGCACGUGGGUCGAUCCAGACGGCCUACACAAUGCACAGAUAAUGUGUUACGACUGCGAGAGCUGGACAUCAAGUGAUUUAGACGUCGAUUCUAGCAAGCAGUCGUGGAUCUGGUCGUCGAAUUUCAUGCAGAAUACUCGAUCCGAUGAUCCGGAAAUGAUGCUGAAUAUGCAUACCGAUCGAGGCGUCACAACACUCAAUAUGGAAUCCAGUUAUGAAAAACACCCGGACGAACCAAUCACCGCACAAGUCUCCUCCCAACGUAUCACCAUCAACGAACCCAAGAAGAAAAAAGACAAACACCACAAGCACAAAACCUUCAGCCUAGUAUCCAUCCACGGCUUCCUCCUCACCGUCAGCUUCAUGUCUUUAUCCGGUGGUAUCCUCGCUAUCCGAAGCGGGAUGCCGAAUUCCUUCAAAAUGCAUUGGGUUGUGCAGAGUGUGGCGGGAGGUGCGAUAGUGUUGGGCUGUUUGAUGGGGAUUUGGUUGUCGAUUUCGCAUGGUGGACACUUCAGCUCUUUCCACCAAAUCAUCGGCCUAGCUAUUUUCCCCGGCAUUAUCGUCCAGGGUUUAUUGGGAUAUUGGCAUCAUAUCAACUACGUUAAACUAGGUCGCAGAACGGCCAUCUCAAACCAUCACGUCUGGGUUGGUCGUGCGGUUUUGGCGAUUGGCAAUAUCAAUGUCGGACUAGGUCUCAGACUCGGUCACGCAACCAGCACAUCCUUCUACCUCUGGUUCGGCGCCCUCUGCCUCCAACUCGGCAUCCUACUCCCCAUGUGGUAUUUCUGGUCCAAGGGCCUCACUAUCAUGGAUGUGCUUAAGCGCGGCGGGCAAGCAAGGAAAGGUAGUGCGGAUGUGGUGGCGGGAGAGGAGAGAGGAGUUGGAGGGGAGUAUGCGAGUGUGGAGCAGGAUCCGUUUAUUGUUGAUGGGGAUGAGGAUGAGAGUCCUUUGGAGGAUGAGUUUGAUGCGGCUGCUAAGGGGAAGAAUUUGGAGAUGAGGUGAUGAUGGGAGAAUGGGAGAAUGGAUUAUUGGGAAGAGCUGGGAAUUUGGAUUGGAGAUUGAGGUUGAUUUGGAAAGAAAGGUUGGGAUUUGACGGGUCUAGAACGAGUUGAUAAUAACUAAUGAGUAACGACUAACGAGUCUCCAUUUACCUCUUGAUACAGCACCGCUUGUAGGUAUUUCUCACGGGAGGAGUCUAUGGAGUCAAGCUUGACGAAGCCACUAAUACCAACCAUUGUAGUACUUCGUUCACCAGUGGGGAUGGGGACAUGCUGAGUUUGAUUCAACGGAUAUUCAGGUAGAAUAUUGAUGAAG